AUGAGUCAAUAUGAAAACUCUCGCCUGAACGAAUUCCCCAGUUGGAGCAAAGCUCCUUCCAAGAGCUGGCUCAAAGAAUCUCUCCAGCCGCAAUAUGUCGAUUUUGAUGUAUGGUUUACUGCGCGGCACAGGGACACCCACAACUAUGAUAGCCGUUUCGCUCAUUCCACGAGGCUCGGCGACUCUAUUUUAUCAAAGAACGUUUUGAGUUCCAACAACUGCAGCUUUCACAAAUCUUCGGUCACCAUAUGCGAAAAUCAAAGUCCAGAGCCGCCCGAGAUCCACGUGGAUAGCCCUUUCAUCCAGGGCAUCUUAAAUGACGAAUCCCCUUCAGCAUCGGGACUUUGCUUGGCAUAUUUUGUACGGUACUGCACUCUGAACAAGAACGAGCAGAUGCUGUUGUUGGAUUUGGUUGUUCAGACAAACACGGCUCAGAAAGAGCAGCAGCAAGAAUCGAGAAGUGCACAUUCUGAUAAAAGGCCAGCUGGAGACGCCAAACAACCAUCACGCAAGAAGGGACGAACCAUUCGCAGAGAGCAUAAACAUGGAUUUGACGAUGAAGUUUCAGACGACUUUGAGUCAUUCUUCCGUCUCUAG